UUUUUUUUCAAUAGAACAUUUUUUAUUUUAAAGGGCUCAUUUAAGAUUUGAAGAUGCUGCUGUGGGGCAUUUUUUUGCCAUUGAUGCUGUGGAGGUGCGAAGGUGCACGACUUGCAGAGAGUCGAGAUGAUAACAGUGUGUAUGACCUGUUUGAUCUGGCACAAGUGAACAAGAGACACCAUGGAGUCAGUUUGGUCAGAGGUGCAGAUCCGUACAGUCCUGCGUACAAAGUCCUGAAUGCGGACCUGAUCCCCCCCGUCCCCGACAGCUCCUUCAGGGACCUUCUCGACUCCAUCCAGGCUGAAAGGGGCUUCAUCCUCUUGGUCAACCUGAAACAGUCUAGGAAGACCCGAAACACCCUUUUGAGGGUGGAGAAGAACGACGGCUCCGGACCCAUUUUUGAGAUCAUUUCCAAUGGCAUGGCAAACACCCUGGACGUGGUCUACUCCACCGCACAUCAGCAGCAGGUUCUGUCCAUAGAGGAGGCCAACUUGGCCACUGGACACUGGAAGAACGUCACGCUGUUUGUUCAGGAUGACCAGGCUCAGCUUUUUGUCGGCUGUGAGGAGAUCAACACGGAGGAGCUGGACGUGCCCAUACACAAGGUGCUGACCCAGGAGGUGGCAGACAUUGCCAGCCUCCGGAUCGGGAAAGGAGCUGUGAGGGACAGGUUCAUGGGAGUCCUCCAGAAUGUGCGCUUUGUGUUUGGGACCACUCUAGAAGCUAUAAUGAGAAACAAGGGAUGCCAUAGUGGAGGUAUGUUAAUGGCCAAUGUCAUGACCCUGGACAACCCAGUCAAUGGCUCCAGUCCUGCCAUUAGGACUAAUUACAAUGACCACAAAGCCAAAGAUGUGCAGUCUGUCUGUGGGUUCUCCUGCGAGGACAUCGCCAGCAUGUUUAAGGAGCUCCGGGGACUCGGUGUAGUUGUUAACCAGCUGUCCAACGAGCUUCACAAAGUGUCGAAGGAAAGCUCUCUGCUGAAAAAUCAAAUUAAAAUCCACAGUGGAAUUUGCUUCCACAACGGCGCCCGCUACGGGGACAAAGACGAGUGGACGGUGGACGGCUGCACCGAGUGCACCUGCCAGAACGGUGCGACUAUAUGCCGCAAAAUCUCCUGCCCUCUGAUCCCAUGCGCUAAUGCCACAGUGCCUGACGGAGAGUGCUGUCCACGCUGUGGAACAGCACAAAUUACUGAGGAUGGAUGGUCUCCCUGGUCUGAAUGGACCCAUUGUUCCGUGACUUGCGGCCGUGGCAUCCAGCAGCGCGGACGCUCCUGCGACCGCAUCAACAGCAACUGUGAGGGCACCUCUGUCCAGACCCGUGACUGCUACCCCCAGGAAUGUGACAAACGCUUCAAACAGGACGGCGGCUGGAGCCACUGGUCGCCAUGGUCUUCGUGCUCUGUGACCUGUGGUGAGGGAGUCAUCACCCGGAUCCGCCUCUGCAACUCCCCCACGCCCCAGAUGGGUGGCAAGGACUGUGAGGGAGAAGGCCGUCAAACUGAGAUCUGUCAAAAGUCGCCAUGUCCCAUCAAUGGAGGUUGGGGACCUUGGUCACCAUGGGACAUUUGCAGUGUUACCUGUGGUGGAGGAUUCCAGACCCGCAAACGUCUCUGCUCUAAUCCAGUCCCCAAAUAUGGUGGAAAAGACUGCGUCGGUGAUGCCAACGUGUCUCAAGUGUGCAACAAACAGAGCUGUCCUAUUGAUGGUUGUCUGUCCAACCCGUGCUUCCCCGGUGCAAGGUGCAUGAGCUUCCCCGAUGGCUCCUUCAAAUGUGGCAAGUGCCCACCCGGCUACCGCGGGAACGGCGUCAUCUGCAAGGACAUCGACGAGUGUAAAGAGGUCCCUGAUGCUUGCCAUACUCACAAUGGAAUCCAUCGCUGUGAGAACACCGAACCGGGUUACAACUGCCUGCCCUGCCCCGCACGUUUCUCUGGCCCUCAGCCCUUUGGAAGAGGAGUGGAACAGGCGACGGCUAAAAAACAGGUCUGCAAACCUCGGAACCCUUGCCAGGAUGGUAGCCAUGACUGCAACAAGAACGCAAACUGCAUUUACUUGGGCGUCUAUUCCGAGUCUAUGUACCGCUGUCAGUGCAAGCCAGGAUACGCAGGGAACGGUCGUAUCUGUGGAGAAGACACUGACCUGGACGGAUGGCCCAACACAAACCUGUUUUGUGUGGAGAACGCCACCUACCACUGCAAGAAGGAUAACUGCCCCAACCUUCCCAACUCUGGUCAGGAGGAUUAUGACAAAGAUGGCCUGGGUGAUGAAUGUGACCAUGAUGAUGACAAUGAUGGGAUUCCCGAUGAUAGGGACAACUGCCCGAGACUGUACAACCCAGGCCAGUACGACGCAGACAGGGACGAUGUUGGGGACAGCUGUGACAACUGCGUGUUCGAGGCUAACACCGACCAAACUGACACUGACAAUAACGGAGAGGGCGACGCCUGCGCCGUGGACAUCGAUGGUGACGGCAUUCUGAACGAAAACGACAACUGCCCUUAUGUUUACAACGUGGACCAGAGGGAUACUGAUAGAGAUGGUGUGGGAGACCACUGUGACAACUGUCCACUGGAGCAUAACCCCGAUCAGAUCGACACUGACUCAGACCUCGUGGGAGACAAGUGUGACAGCAACCAGGACAUCGACGAGGACGGGCACCAGAACAACUUGGACAACUGCCCCUACAUCGCCAAUGCCAACCAGGUAGACCACGACAAAGACGGCAAGGGUGACGCCUGCGACCAUGACGACGAUAACGAUGGUAUACCCGACGAGAAAGACAACUGUCGACUGGCUUUUAACCCCGAUCAACUGGACUCUGAUGGUAAUGGCCGCGGUGAUGCGUGCAAAGAUGAUUUUGACCAAGACAAUAUUCUGGACAUCGAUGACGUGUGUCCUGAGAACUUUGCCAUCAGUGAAACAGACUUCCGCAGAUUCCAGAUGGUUCCUCUGGACCCCAAGGGUACCUCCCAGAUUGACCCCAACUGGGUGGUGCGGCAUCAGGGCAAGGAGCUGGUGCAGACCGUCAACUGUGAUCCUGGCAUUGCUGUUGGUUACGAUGAGUUCAGCGCCGUGGAUUUCAGUGGAACGUUCUUCAUAAACACAGACAGAGAUGACGAUUAUGCUGGGUUUGUGUUCGGUUACCAAUCGAGCGCACGCUUCUACACAGUCAUGUGGAAACAAAUCACACAGACUUACUGGUCAAACACGCCCACAAGAGCACAAGGCUACUCCGGCCUGUCCAUCAAAGUGGUGAACUCCACCACUGGCCCUGGUGAGCACCUGAGGAACGCCCUGUGGCACACCGGAGACACCCCAGGACAGGUACGCACUCUGUGGCACGACCCCAAGAACAUUGGCUGGAAGGACUUCACCGCCUACAGGUGGCACCUGACCCACAGACCCAAGACUGGACUCAUCAGAGUGGUCAUGUAUGAAGGCAAAAGAAUCAUGGCUGAUUCUGGAAACAUCUACGACAAGACUUACGCCGGUGGGCGACUAGGCUUGUAUGUCUUCUCUCAGGAGAUGGUUUACUUUUCAGAUCUCAAAUAUGAAUGCAGAGAUACAUAAGCGGACCGCAGGAGCCUUCUAGAAGAAUGUCUGUCGGUAUGAAUAUAUGACACGAGACGAACUGGAUCGAACUAUCUUUGACUUUUGAGAAAUGCACAUUGGAGGAAUGACGGACAAGUGAGCUAACGCGAGGUAAAAAUUACCUCAGGACAAAUGAAAGUUCAACGAUGAUUCUGCAGCAGUGCACCUCACCUUCUGUUCAGAAGACAUUGGCCCACUCACUUUGUUGCUCUGAUCUGCAUUGAAAGAGGACCACAAUUUUAUUGUUUUGCACACCUGAACUGUUGGUUGGUGGUCUUCCUCUGUGGAUGAGGGACCAAAGAGUGUUUUUUUUUUUCUUUGAGGAUUAAUGUACAUCUGCUGUGGACUCAAAGUCACUUGUUUUUAGAAUGAAGAAAGCAAUAAGAGAACUUUCUUAGGUCAGGGUAAAUAUGCCCCCUUGAAGGAAACGUUGAGGGACCGUGGACAGUAUGGAUGGACUGUUGCUAUCAGAGAGAGUGAAUGGUGUUUGAGUGUUUCUGUAUGUGUGCCACCCAACCGAGUCAAAAAUUCAUUUAAAAUUGAUCUGAUGACCCAAAAAGCUGGCCCAAAAAUAUUAAUCUUCUCAGGAAUGAGCACUAAAAGGAAAAUGAGGAGAGCACACGGUUUUCUUUUCAGGAAAGCACAGGGGCCCCAGAGCAGGCACACUGCUCUGGAUCACUAAUCAUAAACAAGGGACGUAAACAGAGAGGGCCAGUCUAUAUCCUGUGGUGAGUUCACUUUGUUAGCGUGGCUGUUUGUAUUUAAUAUAAUAAUCGAGGCUUUAAUUCGUCGCUCGUCUUUGCAUCUUGCCAUUUUAAAAUAAUCGUCUACUUCCAUUAGCUGAGAUCAGUGUAUGCACCAAUGGCAAGUUAUCGUGUUAUACAUCGGACCAAAAAAAGUGAGAAAGUAAUAGACGGAUAGGUAUCAUGUCUAUCUACGUGCAUGAUGGGUGUGCCUGAGCUUGUGUGUUCAAUUCUGACAAGGGAAAAUCCAAUGAAAACCCUUCGUGUACAAAUAUUACCUCAUUAAUUCUUUUUGUAUUGAGGCCAGCAAUACACAAGAAUCACUUUUCUACGCAACAGAGUAUAAAUUAGUUGGCUUCUUCUUUUUUUUUUUUUUUAAGGCAAGAUUUCAGUAUCAUUUAUAUGCUGUAUAUAAGAUAUUUUUGUAGCAAAAGAAGCCCAAACGGCAACGUAAAGGACUAAAGAAAUGUUGUCUUGACUAUUAUGUGCUAUAUGUAAUUUCUUGUGCAUUUUUUUUUUUUGAUAAAUUAUUGUGUCUGUUUGAUGUCGAGGUUAUUUCAUUUGUGUAGAUAUAUGCUAUUUAAAUAAUUUAUCUAGAAGCGUAGCCUCGUAUGGAAGCGUUUCUGUCUGUAUAAACUUAUUUGCACACUGACACGAGGAUGUCUUUGUUGUUUUGUAUGUCUUUUUUUUUAUUAUUAGUGAAGCUUUUCUAUAAACUUGUGCUGUUUAUACUCCUACCUGUUAUUUUGUAAUGUCAAAAGAACAAUAAAUACUUUGGGAAAAAAAAACA